UCAAGCGAGUUUAGAAAGAAAUGGCGUUAAGGGUCCCAUCAAAAAAUACGAUAUCUUUGGUGUGUGCAAAAGUGAAAACUAUGAUUUAGAACUUAUUCUUGGUGAAAUAUCCUACGGGCCUUUAGAUGAAACUUAUAAACAUUCAACCGAAGAUAGAAUUAAGUUAGAUAAAGGAGCAAAGGAUUCACUGGAUAGUAUAUCAAGAACUUACUCCAAAUCUCCAAAUUUUAAUUCAACGAAUUUAAAAAUCUUUUUAUUGCAUUCCCAUGAAACAAAGUUGGAGUUUUUAAUUACCGAUAAAAAAUAUUCACCAAUGUUCAGAAUGAGAAGUUUAGCGAGUAUUGAAAUCCCUUUUAAAAAAGGUUCAAGUUUAUUAGAAUUAAUCAAAACUGCACACACUUUUAGAAGUCUAAUUGUGGAAACUUUAGUAAACAUAAG